CAGCAGGUGGCGGCAUAUUCAACACUCCCAACACGUUGAUAUUUGAAAUGACUUGAUAUGAAACGCUUGAUGAAUUUGAUAUGUCAUAUAUCGUAUGAUAUCGUAUGCUUCUAUUAUUUUAGGGUUUAAACUCACCCCCGAGCAGUGUACGACUCUGUCUUUCUGUAAGUGUUUUGAAAAGUCACAAUUACUUUGCCAUGAGUCUCUGUUGACGGGACAGAUAACAGGUCUUGUUCCGUGACUGCGACGGCUGUGAAUUUCCUCAAAGAAACCUACAUAAACAAACAUCAAACACCAGGAUAAUUCUGAUGACGAGUGCUGGGAGAUUUUCUGGCAUAUUUUAUCGACAUUAUUUUUGUUCCAUCGUGUGUGUGUGUAUAUGUGUGUGUCUCGGACGAGGGAUUUCCCGUAUGUUGGAUGUUUAUUCUUGCGGUUGUGUCGUGUUUCUCUGAAGUCUUCAACUCUUAAUGUUGCUGGAGGGAGAAACACGCUUCCACGUAACGCUCCACCCAUCUCUCCACCUAGUGCACUUUACAUUAUUUAAGAAUAGAAACACCUUCCUCUGUCAUGACUUGAGAAGUGUCGGCUGUGAAAGUGAAGUCAAGCUGUCUGCAUUCACUAAGACAUGAACUUAGAUGGGGACUGCAGCAUGUCAGUCAGUUGUGGGAAUGGCAAACUUAGACAGUGGCUCAUCGAUCAGAUUGACAGCGGGGAGUAUCCCGGCUUGGUUUGGGAAAAUGACGAGAAAAGCAUUUUCAGGAUUCCCUGGAAACACGCGGGGAAGCAGGACUACAAUCGCGACGAGGACGCGGCGCUCUUCAAGGCUUGGGCUCUGUUCAAAGGCAAAUACAGGGAAGGCUUGGACAAACCAGACCCUCCAACAUGGAAGACGAGACUCCGCUGUGCCCUGAACAAAAGUAAUGACUUCGAUGAACUGGUGGAGCGAAGCCAGUUAGACAUAUCCGAUCCUUACAAGGUCUACAGGAUAAUACCAGAAGGAGCAAAGAGAGGCUCUAAGGCCAGUAGUAUGGAGGACAACACGGCACACGUGACUCCUAUUAGUUAUCCCAUGCAUUCUCCUUAUCCACCUCUACAGCCUCAGAUCCCAGGAUAUAUGCUCCCCCAGGAGAGGCGUGAUUGGAGGGAAUAUAGUGCAGACCAGCCUCAUGCCCAGACGCCUCACGCGGAGUUACCGUACGGCCAGUGUCCGUAUCCCCCGACUCGCUCCUUACCCUGGCACGCAUCGCCCUGUGACAACGGAUACCAGAUAUCUGGCUCCUUCUACACCUACUCACCGGCAGAAACCCAUCCAGUGGCAAUGGACCCCAGUAUGAGAUCCGCUGAAGCCAUGGCCAUUUCAGACUGUCGCCUGCACGUCUCGCUGUACUAUCGCGAGUCACUUGUUAAGGAAGUGACCACCAGCAGCCCUGAAGGUUGUCGAAUCUCGUCCUCCUCGUCCCCGGGAUCCCCUUCGUCCCCUUCUUCUCCUUGCCCAGAGGAAAGGCUCUAUGGUGGGGCAGAGCCUGUGCUCUUUCCCUUCCCAUACCCUCAGUCCCAGCGGCGCGGGGCCGAGAAGCUGCCCAACAUCUUGGAGCGUGGCGUUCUGCUGUGGCUGGCGCCGGACGGGCUGUACGCCAAGCGCCUGUGCCAAGGCAGGGUGUAUUGGGAAGGUCCACUGGCACCGUAUGCAGACAAGCCAAACAAGCUGGAGAAAGAGCAGACCUGCAAGCUGAUGGACACGCAGCAAUUCCUGUCAGAAUUGCAGGGUUUCAUCCACCACGGCCGCCCCAUGCCGCGCUCUCAGGUGGUGCUGUGCUUUGGGGACGAGUUCCCGGACCCCCAGCGGCAGAGCAAAAUGAUCACAGCUCAGGUGGAGCCCAUGUUUGCCAGGCAGCUCCUGUAUUUUGCAGGCCAGACCAACGGUCACUACUUGCGCGGAUACGAGCUUCAGAGUCACGGUGCUUUACCUGUAGAAGAGUAUCAGAGGAGCAUCCAACACUUGCAAGAGUAACCGUCACAUAGAAGAGCUCAUGUUCCAAAUGAAGGAUCAUUAACAUGGUAAUGAAGACUUGAAAUCGUACUGCAAUUGCCUGACCAAGUACCCACUUUCACAUCCCAAAAGCUACAACGCGCAUCUAAACAGCUCUUCGGACACAACGAUCAUAUAGUGAUUUUCAUGAUGAUCAAAGUUGCUGGUGAAUUAUGUCUCGAUAAACUGUGCGGCCCAAAAGUCUGAGAACACAUGGGAGAUCUGAGAUUCUUG